CGGCCGAUCCGGCGCGCCGCCGAGUGCGGGAGAGCGGCUGGGCUAGCGGAGCGGCGGCCGAGGCCGGGAUGGCGGCGCCGCUAGCUUCGCGCCGGGGAGCCGGGGCUGCGGGCCGGCGCUGGGUGGGGCUGCUGCCGCCCGUGCUGCUGGCGCUGCUGCUGGCGCGGCCGGCGGGCGCUCUGGUGGAGGGGCUCUACUGCGGCGCGCGGGACUGCUACGAGGUGCUGGGCGUGAGCCGCGCGGCGGGCAAGGCGGAGAUCGCGCGGGCCUACCGCCAGCUGGCCCGGCGCUACCACCCCGACCGCUACCGGCCCGAGCCUGGCGACGAGGGCCCCGGACGGACGCCGCAGAGCGCCGAGGAGGCCUUCCUGCUGGUGGCGACCGCCUACGAGACUCUCAAGGAUGAAGAAACACGCAAAGACUACGACUACAUGCUGGAUCACCCGGAAGAGUACUACAGCCAUUAUUACCACUACUACAGCAGGCGCUUAGCCCCUAAAGUGGAUGUGAGGGUUGUGAUCUUGGUCAGUGUGUGUGCUAUUUCAGUGUUUCAGUUUUUCAGCUGGUGGAAUAGCUACGACAAGGCAAUCAGCUACCUAGCCACAGUGCCCAAGUACCGCAUCCAGGCCAUGGAGAUUGCCAAGCAGCAGGGCUUGCUCAGAAAAGCCAAAGAGAAGGGCAGAAACAAGAAGUCCAAAGAGGAAAUUCGUGAUGAGGAGGAGAACAUCAUAAAGAACAUUAUAAAAAGUAAAAUAGAUAUUAAGGGAGGCUAUCAGAAACCCCAGAUACGUGAUCUUCUCCUGUUUCAAAUUCUCUUAGCUCCUUUUCACCUGUGUUCGUAUAUAGUGUGGUAUUGCCGGUGGAUCUAUAAUUUUAACAUCAAGGGCAAAGAAUAUGGCGAAGAAGAAAGACUGUAUAUCAUACGUAAAUCUAUGAAGAUGUCAAAGUCUCAGUUUGAUAGUCUGGAAGAUCAUCAGAAAGAAACUUUUCUUAAACGGGAGCUCUGGAUCAAGGAGAACUAUGAGGUUUACAAACAAGAACAAGAAGAAGAACUAAAGAAAAAAUUGGCAAACGAUCCUAGAUGGAAGAGAUACAGGAGGUGGAUGAAGAAUGAAGGGCCGGGACGGUUAACGUUUGUGGAUGACUGAAGAUUGCCGGAAUGCUAUUAUGCCAAACCUUAAUUGUGACAUUAUUUUCAUAACUGAAUUAUUUCAGAAAUGUAUCAUCUGCUCCUCAGCAGUAACUAAAAUUCCUCAAAUACUUGAUUAAACAAUAAUAUAGAAAUUUAAACUUUUCCCUUAAAACUUUAUACAUAAGACAUUUAUGAUUGUUCAAUUUUUAUAAUCUAUUUGUGGAUUUUGUUAAAAGAUUUGACAUGAAAAUUUAUUAGUUGCCAUUUAAGAAUUUUAUAUGUUUAGUUAAAAGAUUUGACGUGAAAAUUUAUUAGAUACCAUUUAAAAUUUUUACGUGUUACGUGUUUAUUCUUCCAAAGUGUUUCCUUACUCUUUGUUAUAGUGCUGCAUUUUUCUGCUUUCAUGGCCUCUAAUAUUUUCACCAAACAUAAAAAAUUAUAACAGCAUUUAAGUACAUGAUUGUGAGUGUCUUUCUAGACACAGACUUCAGUAAAAUGGUUUCAGCUAUCA